ACCAAACUUUUAUUCUUGAUUAGGUUUGGAGGGACACCUGAUAAAGAAGAGCCAACUCAAGACGGAUCAACCACUUCCCCUUCUUCCUCAGCCAAAGAGCAGAAACUGAACAAAACACGUGAGAACUUUGCCUUGUUGUUUGCCACAGUCAAACAUAUGAGCCAGAAGGAACAGCUUCUCCUCAUUCCAAUCACUAUCUGGUCUGGCCUGGAGCAAGGCUUCUUCGGAGCGGACUUUUCCGCGGGAUUUAUCAGCUGUGCCUUUGGGGUCGACAAGAUCGGGUACAUCUUCAUUAUUUAUGGCAUAACCGAUGCCAUCGGGUCGUUUGUGUUCGGUUAUGUCAUCAAAUAUGUAGGAAGAAUCUCGAUUUUUUGCCUGGGAGGUCUAAUCAACCUCGUUGCUAUUGGCUUCAUGUUCUCGUGGACACCCAACCCAGAUCAAUCUCAUGUAUUCUACAUCAUUGCGGCAUUUUGGGGCGCCGCAGAUGCCGUCUGGCAAACUCAGAUCAAUGCCUUGUAUGGAUCUUUAUUUGCUGCCAACAAAGACGCCGGUUUCUCGAAUUAUCGGCUUUGGGAAUCAGUUGGCUUUUUGGCAGCCUUCGCUCUUCAGACACAAUUGUGCAUCGGAAGCAAGCUCGGGAUUCUGGGUGGAUUCCUUGGACUCGGGUUGGCUGGAUACUUCGUGGUGGAAUACAUUCAAUACAUCAAAUCAAAGUGCCAAGUGGUCCCGGAAAAAUGAAGAACUGUGAUUUAUGAACUACAUGUACUUAUCUUGUAUCAUAUUUUCAAAAAAGAAAACUCAAAAGUUACUGAACAACAGAGCUUGAACAGCUAUUC